GUCGCGGCAGCAGUAACAGAGGCGUCGCCAGCCAUGAAGGCCGCGCUCGCAUCGAGUGUCCUCCUGCUGCUGCUGGUACUGCAGGCGCCUGCGGAGGAGCCCGACAACUGGGAGCGCCGCGAAGUGUGUACUCCUGGCGAUACGAUGGCGGAAGACUGCAACGAUUGUUUCUGCAUCGACAGGGGACAAUGGAUGUGCACUCUCAGGAAAUGCGGCAAGCAGAAAAGACAGGCGAGAUGCCCGCCUGGGACUACGUUCCUGAGGAAGUGCAGCAGGUGCGUCUGUGACGAUGACGGAGAAACGGCCAAGUGCACCAGGACAUGCCCUGGCAAGUAGAAUGGAUAUCCUUCCAAUUUCUUCAAACCCUUUUUCCAUGUGUUCACUGUAUUUUUUAAGAUAACUUAGUCCUUGAUAUAAGACUUGAUCCUUGUCUUUAUCAGUGUAAUUGAUAUAGCAAUAAAAAAUACUUGGUUCACAUUUUUUAUAUUUCAUAGUAUACAACUUGUGCACAUUUAUUCUUAUAAUAAUAAAUAAAAAGUAUAAAAUCAGUUAUUUAAGUUUAAUUUUGUUAAAUUUAUCUUUUUGUUGCUAAGUUUAUACUUAUUUUUUAAUAUAUCCUUGUAAUAUCCUCUGUUAAAAUCAUACUCUGAUAGUACAGGAUAAUUUUGAAUAAACUUAAAAGUUUUUUUUUCAUUUUUGGAUUUGGUGACAAUUAGGCACUUUUAAUAUCAAAAUCUCAAAAUCUGCAUAAAUAACAAAUGAAACAUUCUGUGUAUGUUGAUAAUUUUUAAAAGUUAUUGAGUUACAGAUGAAGUGGAGAAUCAACACAUCACAAAUACAUUUUACUUUUUUUCAAUUUGCCUCAAAACAAGCAUGGAAAUAAUUUUUGAACUAAUCAUGUGAAU